UCCACUAACGGGGCUCGGGAGACGUAAACCUCGCCAACAUGGCGACGCUGGCUAGCACCUACGGAGCUUGGCUCCAUCGACGCUUGUAACCGCCAGCAAAGCACGCCCCUUCACCCGGUAACAUGCGGCGGGGUUGACCGGGGGGCCUUCGGAACGAUGUUCGUCGAGGCCAGUCUGUCCUUUUGGGGAUGGGGGGGUCUCGGAGUCGUGCUCUUCCUCAUCACCUUCGGACCCUUCGCCAUAUUCUACCUGGCUUUUUAUAUCCUCUGCUUCAUUGGCGGGGCCUUUGCGGUCACUCUGCUGUACGGGAAGAUCAACUCCGAGAAACACCUGGAGAAGUGCGAGCAUGCCUAUCUGCCUCCCACACAAAUCGGUAUUUUAAAGACGUUAGAAGAGAUGAAGCUGGAGUCCAAACCUAUAAAGAUCGACAGGCGACUGACUGGCUCCAGUUUCAUCGAUGAACCUCUGCAACAGGUGAUCCAGUUUGCUCUGCGAGAUUAUAUCCAGUAUUGGUAUUACACUCUGAGCGAGGACGAGUCUUUCUUACUGGAGAUCAGACAGACGCUGCAGAAUGCUCUCGUCCAGUUCUCCACACGGUCCAAAGAGGUGGACUGGCAGCCUUACUUCACCACCCGCCUGGUGGACGACUUUGCCACCCAUUUGCGUGUCUUUCGUAAAGCUCAGGAUCGUCUCCCAGACAGAGAGGAUAAACUAAGAGACAUAACCGAGGAGCUGAUCGACUCAUUUUUUGAGGCGGAAGUGGAGAUGGAAAGGAAGAUUUGUCGAGACGUCGUGUGCACUUCUCAAAAGGAUGAAGAAGGUUUCCUCCGAGACUUGUGCGAGUUGCUCCUGUACCUGUUACUACCUCCUGGGGACUUCCACAACAAGAAUAUGCGAUACUUUUUAAGAGAGGUGUUGGCACGCGGCGUCCUCCUUCCUCUCAUUAACCAGCUGAGCGACCCAGACUACAUCAACCAGUUUGUCAUUUGGAUGAUCCGGGACUCCAGCUGUAACUACGAAGCCUUUAUGAACACUCUAAAGCUGACGGACAAGCCUGCCGAGCUGGAGGCCGUGAAGGACAAGGUGAUGGAGGAGCUGCAGUACCUGCGCUCGCUGGACUCGGCGGGAGAUGACAUCAACAUGAUCAAGAACCAGAUAAACAGUCUUCGGUUUGUGAGGAAGGUGUGUGAAACCAGGAUCCAGAGACUACGAUCAGGCAAGGAAGUGGACGCCUUGAAGCUGGCGGCCAACUUCGGCAAGCUGUGUGUCAUCCCGCUGGAUCACAUCCUCAUCCACAACAUCGCCCUGCAGUUCUUCAUGGAUUUCAUGCAGGCGGCCGGAGCCCAGGCAGAACUCUUCUUCUGGCUCACCGUGGAGGGCUACCGGGUCACGGCGCAGCAGCAGCUGGAGGCCAUGCAGCGAUGGCAAAAAGACGGCAAGAAGCAACCCAGCACCACCAAGGGGCUCCUGAAGGCAGCUGCACUGGGCGUCCACGAGCAAUACCUCUCUGACAAGGCGUCUCCCAGGGUCCAAGUGGAUGAGGAGUCAGUAACACGUUUGGGAGAGAAGCUGCAGAAAGAUGAUCCCACGCCAGAAAUAUUUGAUGACAUCCAGAGAAAGGUGUACGACAUGAUGCUGCGCGACGAGCGCUACUACCCGUCCUUCAAGCAGAGCCCGCUCUACGUGUGCAUGCUGGCCGAAUUGGACAUGCUCAAGGAGCCCAGCUACCGCGGCUCGGACGACGGCGAUGGAGAAUCUUUCAACGGCUCCCCGACAGGAAGCAUUAACUUGUCUUUGGAUGACUUGACCAACUCCUGCCAUGAUGAAUCUAUGCACCUGCACGCUUUCAUCUCAGACACAGGCGUCUGCAACGAGCACGGGAAGACGUACGCCCUGUACGCCAUCACCGUAUUCAGACGCAACCCGGACGGCAGUGAGGAUUGCUGGAAGACGUACCGCCGCUACUCUGACUUCCACGACUUCCACAUGAGGAUCACAGAGCAGUUUGAGAACUUGACGUCCAUUCUAAAGCUCCCGGGUAAAAAAACCUUCAACAACAUGGACAGAGACUUCCUGGAGAAGAGGACCAAAGACCUCAAUGCUUACCUACAGUGGCUGCUGGACCCAGACAUCAUUAAGGCUUGCCCAACCCUUAUUCCCUACGUCUAUGACUUCCUCGAGAACAAAGCCUACAGUAAAGGCAAAGGAGACUUUGCACGCAAGAUCGACACCUUUGUGAAUCCUCUGAGGAGCUCCAUGAGGAACGUGUCCAACGCGGUCAAGUCCCUCCCAGACAGUCUGGCUGAGGGCAUGAACAAAGUGUCCGACAACAUGGGCCGCAUGUCGGAAAGACUCGGCCAGGACAUCAAACAGUCCAUACUGAAGGUACCUCCUCUCCUCCCCAAGUCUGACAUCGACCCAGAACACUGUCGAGUCUCCGCCCAGCUGGACGACAACGUGGACGACAACAUCCCGCUGCGUGUCAUGUUGCUGCUGAUGGACGAGGUGUUCGACCUGAAGGAGAAGAACCAAUGGCUGCGCAGGAACAUCAAGAACCUGCUGCAGCAGCUGAUCCGCGCCACUUACGGCGACACCAUCAAUCGGAAAAUUGUGGACCACGUGGACUACUUGACCUCACCAGAGCAAGUGGCAGAAUACGUCAAAAAGUUCAGGGACUCCUAUUGGCCCAAUGGGAUUUUAGCUGAGACGCUGCCUUGCCGGGACAAGAACAUCCGCAUGAGGACAAGAGUUGCUGCCAAGACCAGCCUGCUUGGCAUCAUGCCAGAUGAGCUGAAGCACAUCAUCGGUGCAGACACCACUCGCAAGGGUAUACUGCGGGUCUUCAACAUGUUCCAGUACCAGCCCAUGAACCGCCGACUGGUCUACGUCUUCCUGGAGGGCUUCUUGGAGACCAUGUUUCCUCAGUACAAGUUCCCGGAGCUUUUUGUCAAGCUGCACUCCCGCUCACCGCGCAUCCACAGAUAUAGCCAGAAACUCAAAUCUUCCUCCCUCAAAAGGAAUAAUUAGCAUACACCCACACCUUGCCUUACCUUCCGGCCCGCUUCUGCGAUUGGAUGCCACCAUCAAAGUGAGGCAGCCCCCCCCCCCCCUUAAUGCUGUAGACGUUUUAACUACAAAAGCUGCACUCUUGUAUUUGUGUUUCCGUGGCAACCAAAUAUGUCAAAAGCACUGGUUUACGAGGCGCCGUUUUUAAAAUGUGACCGAACAAAUCUAGGAUGAAUGGAUUUUUUUUUAUUUUAAAGCCUCGGGGCUUCUGUUGGAUCCUUUGGUGUUCCUGACCGUGCAUCAGAGCGCCAGGAGGAAGCCACACCCCCUUUAACUCCAACCCUGACGACCAAAGCCGUGUGUGAACAUUGAAAAAGGACAAGCAUGGUCACCAGCACACCAGUAGUCUGCUUCAGAGAAUGUAUAUCGUGUGUGUGUGUGUGUGUGUGUGUGGCCUGUCAACAAGUCAGUGCCAGUGUGUUGGAGAGGGAGGGAGGUGCCAGUGUGGGCGAGCGAGGCCGCCUUCAUGGUGUAAAAGAAAAAAGACGCACGCUAGGACAUGACUGAAUCCUUCACGAGAGACAAAUAUCCCUAAUCACCUUUUUGUGCAAUAUUACUUUAAUGCAUGUGUAUUCUUGUACAGUCAAGCAGAUAUUAUUUUUUAAAGACUUUAACAUUCCACUGUACUGCUUUUCUUUGACAGACUUGUUUUAUAAGUCGUUUUACCUGAACGCUCACUUUUAUUGGCAAGUUGGCCAGGAGGCUGAAGCAGGAUCAGGCCCCUCCCCCACGUGACCUGUGCAAUCACUGCAAAUAAGCACUUAAGUAGCAACUAAGGGAGAGCGCCUCCUAUUGGCCAGGCGGAGCAGCCACACCCGCAGUCAUUGGUUGGCGCCCAGCUAAUAAACCCACUUGUACAUGGAAGGUGAUCACACACCUUUUUAACCCCAAUACUUGUACACUUUGUGUGCCUAAAUGUUCUUUCAACUCUAUUUUCAUAUUUUUCUUUAACCUAAAAACAAAAAAGAGCAAACCAGAAUGUCAUGAUCACUUUACUCGACUGAAAUGACCUUAGUGUUUGUUUGGUUUUUUGCAUCAUGCUUCUCAACAAACCUUCCUUGAGAGCAACUGUGCUCAGAUCAGUAUAACACUAAUAAAAAGGUAACUCAGA